AUGGCAGGGCGAGGAGCAAGAAUGGGCAGCGGACACGGCACUGCUGCUGCUGCUGCUGCUGCUGAUAGUAGCGGCGGUUCUGCUGCUGUUGCUGGUGGUGGUGGUGGGGGCAGCAGUCUUCCUGGCACCACGCGCCUCUCCUCCUCGGUGCACCCGUCAACACCCGCCCCUGGUAAGUUUCCCGGUAUGCCUGCUGGUGCAGGGCGCAUGGGUGGUGCGUACAGCAGGGGAUGGAGGGGCGGGGAGGGCACUGAUUCUCUCCUGCCUGCCAGCAACGCUCUCCAAACACAUCUGCCUCUCUCCGGCAUUGACUUUCCCCGCUCCCACACCUUUCAUUCUGGCCCCUCCCGCCCCCAGUUCUCUCAAUCCUCAUAUCCCUCUCAGCCUUCUCACCCCUCUCAGCCCUCUCAAUCCUCAUAUCCCUCCCAGCCCUCUCAGUCCUCUCCUCCUGAGCCCUCUCGUCCUCGGAAGUCCCAAUCGGGGCCGCUCUAUCCCAGAGCGUCCAAAAAGAAUCCCUCGGUCAGACAGCAUCCAUUGGCGCCACUGGAUGUAGGCGCCUCUCUGCCUCUCCACCCUCUCUACGAGUCCACACAGCAGCAGCAGCAGCAGAAGCAGUUCCCACCUGAGUCCACCCCUAACAAUCUGUUAAACCCAACCGCUUCUACCAAGCCAUUUGCCCGGACCAGCUCUACCUCAUCCAACCCAAACGGCACAGCCUACCCGGGCGGCUCAACCGUAGCUAACCCCAUCCUCACGCGGCUGCUCCUCCCCAAAAGCCCCUCUGAGGGCGCUUACUCUGGCCGCCCACCCAAGAGCCCCACCCCUCAUGCCGCUUCUUGCUUCUCCCCUUCUGAAGGCGCGAACUCUGGCCGACCCCCCAGGAGCCCUACUCCCCUUGCCGCCUCCUGCCUUUCGCCCUCUGAAGGUGGUGCUCCUUCUUUCUCCCCCUCGGCUGCGUCACCCUCCUUCUCCCCCUUGGGCCCCAAGCGUGUUGGCGGCAGCAGUGGUGGUGGUGGUGGUGGUGGUGGUGGUGGUGGUGGUGGCAGUGGCAACAGUGGUGGUGGAAGGGGGAGAGGAGCAGCAGUGGGAGGAGGAGCGGUAGGAGGAGCGGCAGGAGAAGGGGAUAGCCAGCCCUCUCACCCACCCAUCAACACCCGUCUUUACCCCGCCACCACUGCUGCUGCAGCUGCCACCACCGCUGCCGCCCUCGCUGCCGCUGCAGCCGCUGCCGAAGCUGCCCCCCGGCCCCGGCGGCGGGUCCUAACCUCAGGCUCGGAUGGAGCAGAGGCUUGGAGAGGAUCCUGGGGGGGAGCUGGGGGAGGGGCAGGGGGAGGAGCAGAGGGAGGCGGAGGGGGAGAAGGAGAGGGGGGAAUGGUGCUGGCGGAAGGGGGAAUGGGGCCAGGGAUGGGGAGUGGGAGGGCGGAGAUGGGAGGAAGUGGGAGGGGAGGGGAGGGGGCAUCAGGAGCAGGGUGGGAGCUCGUGGUGGUGGAGGCUGUACCUGGGGAAGGCGCAUAUGUGCAUGCUGACGUGGCAGCACUCAAGAGACACCGGCACUAUGUGGAUCAGCUGCGGCUGGUCGACCCCGCCACUCUCUCACACACAGAGAGGCUCGUCUUCUGGAUCAACGUGUACAAUGCACUCCUGCUCUCGACGUACAUCACCAACGGCUGUCCCGACACUCACCUGCGCCGCAUUGCCCUGCUGCAGACCGCGGCAUACAGCAUUGGGGGCCAUACAGUCACAGCCACCGACAUUGAGUUUGCCAUUCUCAGAGCGCCGGCUGCUAGGCCCUCUCCUCUGGCCAAGGCACUGAACGCCACGCCCUUCCCAGCAGAUGAUCCGAGGCAGCAGUGGGUGGUGGGGGAGACGGAGCCGCUGGUGUCGUUUGCUCUGUCGCCGGGAUCCCUCAGCGCGCCUGUGCUGCGCGCCUACCUGCCGCACUCCCUGCUCUCGCAGCUGGAGCACGCCAGAGACCUCUACCUCGCCAGCUGCAUCGGCAUGACUGCUGACAACCGCGUGUGCCUCCCCCGCCUCUUAAAAUGGCACGCCUCUGACUUUGCAGAUUCAGAUGCUGGUCUCUUGGAGUGGGCUCUCAACCAGCUGCCCUUGCCUGCACGGAUCACCAUGGCACGGAAGCUUGCCAUGCGGAGGAACCCCACGCUAGCUUCCUGUGUCGACGUGGCAUCGUAUGAUUGGACGUUCGGAUACAUCUUUGAUAAGGCGUCGCUCAAUUUUGACCGCAGGCCGUCGUCUGCCAGCACAACGCACUCCCAGUCUUGA